GGCCGGCCCCGAGGGCGGAGAAGGGGCGGCUCAGGCUCAGCGCCGGGCGAUGGCGGCCCGCGGGCGGGAGCAGCUGGAGCUGGGGCGGCUCGGGAAAGCGGCGCGGGCCGGUUGCUGCCCGCCGUCCCCUCCGCUGUCCGCCUGGAGCCGGGACAACCCGGGCUUCGAGCCCGAGGAGGAGGAGGGAGCGGUGGCGGCGGGGCCGGCGUUGGAGAUGGACGCGGAGUGGGGCGGCCCCGCGGCCGCUCCGUCCUCGGUGGGCAGCGGACGGCGGCAGCGGCGGAUCCCGGCGGAGGUGCGGGGCCGCCCCCCCGGGCCGCCCGAGAGCUCCGCACCGCUCCGCAGCGCCUGGGCCAAGCGGCUGGCGCGGCGGCUGCGAGGUCUGUGGGGCACAAGGCUGAUGGAAGAAAACAACACCAGCAGAGAGAGAUACCUGAGAAGUGUUUUGCGGGAGCUGAUUACAUAUGUGAUCUUCCUCGUGGUGCUGUGUGUCUUGACAUACGGGACAGUGAGUUCCAGCAUGUAUUAUUACACGAGGGUUAUGUCCCAGCUCUUCCUGGAAACACCCGUAUCUAAAAUGGAGAAAACGGACUUCAAAACAUUGUCCACGAUGGACGACUUCUGGAAGUUCACAGAAGGCCCUCUGCUGGAUGGUCUCUACUGGGAUAUGUGGUACAACAAUAAAACCAUAGCAGAAAACAAAAGCUUCAUUUAUUAUGAGAACCUGCUCCUAGGGGUGCCCCGCAUUCGACAGCUGAAAGUGAGGAAUGGUUCGUGCUCAAUUCCUGAGGAUUUAAAAGAUGAAAUCAAAGAUUGCUAUGAUGCCUAUUCUGUGGCCAAUGAAGACACCGCACCUUUUGGGCUUCGAAACGGAACAGCUUGGACAUACACCAAUGAGAAGGACCUGAAUGGGAGUAGCCACUGGGGCCUGCUGGCCACGUACAGUGGGGCUGGUUAUUACCAAGACCUCUCAAGGACCAGGGAAGUGACAGCUGUGCAGAUCGCCAGCCUUAAGAAGAACCUGUGGUUGGACAGAGGGACAAGAGCAGCUUUCAUUGAUUUCUCAGUCUACAAUGCAAACAUCAACCUAUUCUGUGUUGUAAGGCUGUUAGUGGAAUUUCCAGCUACUGGAGGCCUUCUUACAUCCUGGCAGUUUCAGCCAGUGAAGCUGAUUCACUACAUCUCCACUUUGGAUUUCUUCCUGGCAGCCUGUGAAAUGGUGUUUUGUCUUUUUGUUUUGUACUACAUGGUGGAAGAGAUCUUAGAAAUUCAUAUUCACAGGCUGCACUACUUCAGAAGUCUCUGGAAUUGUCUGGAUAUCCUUAUAAUCGUGCUCUCCAUGGCAGCAAUAGGAAUUAGCAUCUACAGGACAUCAACUGUUGAUAUGCUCCUGAAGAAGCUACUGGAAGAUCAGAAUUCAUUCCCCAAUUUUGAACCCUUGGCAUAUUGGCAAAUACAAUUCAACAACAUUGCUGCAGUCACUGUGUUUUUUGUCUGGAUUAAGCUUUUCAAGUUUGUUAACUUCAACAGAACCAUGAGUCAGUUGUCCACAACCAUGUCUCGCUGCGUCAAAGAUGUCAUUGGCUUUGCAAUUAUGUUUUUCAUCAUUUUCUUGGCAUAUGCUCAGUUGGCCUAUCUUGUCUUUGGCACUCAGAUUGAUGACUUCAGCACUUUUCAGGACUGCAUAUUUACUCAGUUCCGCAUCAUUUUGGGAGACUUCAACUUCACAGAGGUUGAAGAAGCUAAUCGCAUUUUGGGACCAAUUUAUUUCACUACAUUUGUGUUCUUUAUGUUCUUCAUCCUUUUGAACAUGUUUCUGGCCAUUAUCAAUGAUACAUACUCUGAAGUCAAAUCGGAUAUGGCACAACAGAAGGCAGAAAUGGAAUUGUCUGACCUUAUCAGAAAGGGCUAUAACAAAGCCAUGGUCAAACUUAAAUUAAAGAAAACCACUGUUGAUGACAUUUCAGAAAGCUUGAGACAGGGUGGAGGAAAACUAAAUUUUGAUGAACUCCGGCAAGAUCUAAAAGGGAAGGGCCACACUGAUGCAGAGAUUGAGGCAAUAUUUACCAAAUACGAUCAGGAUGGGGACCAGGAACUGACAGAACAUGAACACCAGCAGAUGAGAGAUGACUUGGAGAAAGAGAGGGAGGAUCUGGACUUGGACAGAAGCUCUCUGCCACGUCCUCUGAGCAGCCGCAGCUUUUCUCGGAGCUUGGAUGACUCUGAGGAAGAUGAAGAUGAAGACAGUGGGCACAGCUCGAGGAGGAGGGGAAGCAGCUCUAGUGGAGUGUCCUAUGAAGAGUUCCAAGUACUCAUGAGGAGGGUGGAUCGCAUGGAGCACUCCAUUGGCAGCAUUGUCUCCAAGAUCGAUGCAGUGAUUGUGAAGCUGGAAGCGAUGGAGAGAGCCAAACUGAAAAGGAGAGAUGUGUUGGGAAGGCUGUUGGAUGGAGUGACAGAGGAUGAGAGGCUAGGCCGUGACAAUGAGAUCCACAGGGAACAGAUGGAGCGGCUGGUACGGGAGGAAUUGGAGAGGUGGGAAUCAGAUGACACAGCAUCUCAGAUGAGCCAUCGCCUGGGAACACCACUGGGACUGAAUGGGCAGCCUCGAUCGAGGAGCUCCCGGCCAUCCUCCUCGCAGUCAGAUGGCAUUGAUGGGGGAGGAGGAAAUGGGGCUAAUAACCUCCAUGUGUAGCAUAGGCUUUGCUGUUCAGUCAGCAUCAAGCCAACUCCACUGCUGCUUCCCAGAAUGAGGUCAUCAUCCUGAUCUGACCACUAAAGGCAAGCUCAGCGGUAGGUGAAAUACUCUGUUCAUAAGGCAUUUUGAGAACUUUGCGAGCACGUGCCAGGUCCAAGUCACCGACACUGAGACUGUUGGCCUUAGAAAUGAAAAUGCAGAGGUAGAAUGGAAACCAGAUGUGACAAAAUCUACCUGGACAGAAUCCUGUUUCCAUACAUCUAUUCCAGUUUCCAUACACAAAUGGUUUCAUGAGGGCAGCGAGCUUUAGACAAAAGGCGCUAUGACUAAAGCAUUCCAGUGAUAGGCUGUGGGUUUUCUGCUUUCUACUAGAAAAACACAAUGUUUAAAAGCUUUGAAAAGCACUUUUUUAAAAAAGAAAAUGGCAUCAGUUAUCGUCCUAUUCAUUUUAACAGCUGGCACUUCUCAAGAGCCAAAGCUGCAUCUGUUUCUAAAGUAAAUGUGUAUAUUGUAUUUUGUGGAGUUAUUCUUGGCUGAGUGACAUUUUAUUUAAUAUAAAAUGUCCUUUUUUCCUCCUUUUUUUUUUUUUUUUUAAAUACUAUGUUUCAUUAAGCAGAGGAAGUGCUCUUAGUUUGUAACUUGUUCAUCAGGUUACUGUGUAGUACAAACUAUAUGCAUUGUACCUCUUUCUGUUUCAUUAGCAUUUUAAAAGUAAUAUUUAAGAACUGCCUCUCCACCCCUAAUCAAUAUGGUCACCGUCAACUCUGUUACACAGUGCCUUUUUUCUUAUUUUUCCUGCCAUGUUUUGCUGUGUUUCUGUGCCUUGUCAGACAAUUUGUUGUUGGAAGGAGAGGUGCACCACUGAAGAUAAAAUGUUGCUUUCCAAUAGAAAGCACUGAGGCACAGUAUUCUUUUACCCACCAGCAUUUCAGUCUGUGGCAUGUUGGCUUAGCAAGUAGGCUGCCAGUGGUGCCUUGUUCCUGAAGGUGGCACUUACUUAUAGUACAAAGGAAGAUAUGUUUUUUUUAAUGAAAAUGAAUUUGUAUUCCUAGCUGUAUGUAUUAAAGUGUAUCGCUGUAGCGGAUCGUUACUUAUAACAAACUUCAUCUUGAAGUGCAUGUAGUUUCCAUGGGAUAUCCAUGUGUGUGACAAUAGCCGUGCAGUAGCACAUGGCUGCAUGAAAAAUAUUCUGAAUGUUGAUAUUAUCUCAUUUUUUAACUUUAGAUUCUAGCACAAUUUUUUCACUUAGCACUAAGGUUUUGUAUAGAAAAGCUAUGUACAGUGUUUGGGCUCAUUAGGAAGCUGUUAAUUAUGCAAGCCUUCUGCAAUGAUCAGGAAUGUAUUGAUCCUUAAACUGAGCACUUUACUUCCGAAUAAACUUUUGUAUCAUCUGCAAAGUUAA